CCAGUGGUGACAACUCAAGAUGGUGGAUGUUUCGCUAGUAGAGUUUAAUUUGUUUUAAAUACGCUUUAUUCUUAGUUUAACCAGGUUUUUCAAGCUACUUUUGAGACCUUCUAUAUUUCUGAUAUACGAAGCAAAUGGUUAGCGAAGAAAAGAAUUCAGUGGAGCAAUCUCCAUCAUUUAACGUCAAACAAAUUGAAGACAAAGUAAGAGAUGCUGUUCAUGCUAAAAAGGCCAGAUGUUCUGAGUAUUUUAAAGAUUUUGAUCGCUUGCGAAGUGGAUACAUAACAAGAGCACAGUUUGAAAGAUGCUUAGAUCAGUUGUUCUCGGUGAAUUUGAAUAAGUUUGAGAUACAAAGUCUUCUGUUGAAAUAUGGAGGCAACCCACAACAGAAAGGAAUGAUCUGCUACAGGGAUUUCUGUUCUGUUAUUGAUGCUAGUUUUGAUGCAAACAUUUUGGACAAAGCACCUGAUGCACAAAAAGUUGGAUUUGCUGCAAGUGAGCCCGUUAACAGACGGCCUUUGAGUCCUGCAUCCUUAUCAAAAUAUAACAACAUUCUCUCAAAAUGUGCAAAUUUUUAUCAUUAUCAUGGUAUUAACGUAAAAUCAUCGUAUGGUGAUUUUGAUAAACACAAUAAUGGACUCGUUACAGAAAGUCAGUUUUAUCGCAGUUUUCCCGGCCCGUCUGACAUCACCGAAGCUGAGAUGAAGCUGAUUGCUAGAAAACACAGACACCCAGACAAAGCUGGUUUAUGUAACUAUCUACAAUUCCACGAUGAUGUUGUGCAACGUCAACAGGCUAUGGCUAGUGGUGAGAAAUAUCUGUAUUCUGAUUCUAAACCUUUGGAUGCUGCUUUUAUUUCUCAACCCUUACAGGACAAGAGCGUUGAUUCUGAUCUUAAUGCGAUUUUUGAGAAGAUUCGUGUUGCUGUGUUUAAAAACGGUGUGCGAACUACAGAAUUCUUCCGCGAUCACGAUAAAUUACGAAGUGGAAUUAUAACAGAAAAUCAGUUCGUGUGUGGAUUGUCUUUAUCAUGUGGUGUAAUAGCAAACCUGUCACGUGACGAGAUUCAAAAGGUCGUUGAUGUCUAUCGUACCCCGGAUGGUCGAGUGCGUUACAAGGACUUCUGUUAUAUGAUGGAAAAUGCUUUCACUGAACCUCACCUUGAAAAGAAACCAACCACUGUAACAUCAAGGCCUCCCGUCGGUGCUCUUAUGAAGGUUCCAAACAAAUUGAACGAGCAUGAAGAACGACAGGUGGCAGAAAUUUUAGAACGAUUAUCAAGUGAUGUAAAAAGAAGACGUUUGAUGAUUUACCCGUUCUUUAAAGAUUUUGACAGGAGUGAAGCGUACACGCGUGGAAUAACAAAGGCCCAAUUUGAAAGAAUGCUUCAUGUUUUGAGUUUGAGUUUACAAGCAAAUGAAUUAGUUCUCAUUUGCAAGAAGUUUGAAUAUCCAGUUGGAGGAGAUAUAAACUAUCCUGCAUUUAUUCAAGCCAUCGAUACAGAAUAUACUGCCUCCUCAAAACAUUUGACAUCUGACGACAAUUUAGUAAAGCAGUAUGAUGUUGCGCCAACUUCAAAGCUUGAUCUCAGUUCUGUGAAUUAUGACGAAGUGAUUGGUCGAAUACGACAUCACGUGUUAACAAACAGAAUCAGGGUGGAGGAAUAUUUUCAAGAUUUUGAUCCCCUGCGUAGCGGAUCAAUAAGCAAAAGUCAUUUUCGUCGUGGGCUUAGUUCAUUAGGACAACAUCAACUUACUGACGCUCAAUUCGAAGUCAUUUCGUUGAAUUAUGCUGAUCCAAAAAGAGUGGGAAAUGUUCUAUGGACUAGAUUCUUAAAUGAUAUUGAACAAGUGUUUACAUGUCGUGGUCUUGAAAAAAUGCCAACAUAUGCCCUGCCAUGCAGUGAGAAAUUUUUAAUGGAGAAACCAGGCACGAGACAUACUUUAGAGUCAUCGCAACUCCUAGAGGAAUGCAUGCAUCGUUUACGAGAGAGAGCCAAACAACGAAGGCUACUUGCAAAACCUUGUUUUCAAGAUUUCGACAAACACAACAAUGGUCAUGUAACGAAGUCCCAGUUCCGUCAAUGUUUACAACAUUUAGAACUAACUGCAACAGAGAAAGAAUUUGAGGUUAUGGAACAAAAAUUUUUGGAUGAUUUUGGUGUCAACUACAUCCGAUUUCUAGAGGAAUUACAGCCUAGUGAAACAGAAAUCAACAGAUAUGCUCAAAGAUUGGAGCAACUCAAAUUGGUCAACAGCAAAGUGAUGCCCGAUCAUGGGUCCCAGGAUAUCGAAAACAUACUAAACAAAAUAAAAAAUAAAGUGGUCAAAGAGCGGAUACGCGUUUUGGAGUUCAUGUGCGACUACGAUAAACUGAGAAGUGGUCGUAUGUUGAAAACGUGCUUUGCACGUGCAUUGGAUCUUUGUCAGUUGGGUCUGACAAAGACAGAGGUCAAUGUUCUGAUUGAUCUCUAUACAUCCAGUCAAGACUCAGACUACGUGGAUUAUGUUGAAUUCUCCGAUUACAUUGAGUCUAUUUUUACUUGGAAACAUCUUGAAAAGAAUCCGCUUAUCGAGCCUGUCCCUUACCGUCCUGAGCAAGGGUCUGAUUUAAAUAAGCUCGCACCUGAUGCAAAUGAGUUACUUGAGAAAGUAAUGCAUCGUUUGGCCGACCGCGUGCGUCAUCGACGCGUUCAAAUGUUCCCUUUAUUUGAAGAUUACGACCGCAUACACAAUGGCACUGUCUCGCGGUCUCAAUUUCACCGCGUACUUAGUGAGCUGGAUCUGGGGAGUUUGGUAAGCAGUCGUGAAUUCUCAGUCUUGUAUAAGAGAUUCGAUGUUCUUAUUGGUGGAAAGCACGACAUUAAUUACAUAGCAUUUUGUGAUCUGGUCAACAAAUAUGCACACUUUGAACAUGGAAAACCGUAAGUUUUUGGCAUACUGUAUUUUAAUAAAGUUGCGUUAUUGUAUCGAUAUUCACAAAUAUAAUGGCUUUCUUGAUGUUUA